GUUGCUAUGGCGGCCUCGUCGCUGGAGUUGGAGAUGGUGGGAGCCGGAGUCGCGCCGGUUGGGUCUCGCCCGCGGCCGCUGUUGCUUCUCGGCCCUCCGGCCUCGGGUCGUUCGGCGCUGUUGUUCGGCGCAGCACUAGCGGGGGCUUCCGUGGUCCCCUCGGCUCGAGUGUUGUUCUUGGCCCCGCGGCCCCUGGAGCGGCUUCCGGGCGGGAAAACAGCUGGAGGAGGAGGAGGAGCGAUCCAGAAAAUCCAUUUCCUGUACCCGUCUUCCUUCCAGGAGCUACUUCAGCUGUUGGCCUCCCUGCAUCACACCUUACCCAACAGCCCCUCCAUGAUUGCUCUGGAUGGUUUGGAAGAAUACCUGAACGGCUGCUCCAGCGCCUAUACAGCAGCCCAGCUUGUAGCUCUCUUGCUGGACACAUCCAAUCAUUUCGCUCAGAAACGCCAUUUGUCUGUGGGCUGCCAGCUGAUUGUCUCCAUGAAGUUUCUGGGAGAAGCCGGGGAAGAAGCAGAAUUUUUCUCAGCCAUCGAACGCUACUUCCCAACAAAACUCUGGCUGCAUCCAGAGACUGGGAAAGAUGGCGGUCUAAAGAAUCAAAAUUUAACCCGGCUGAUUAGGGCACAACUCUUCCGGCCAGGAACAAAGGAUCAAGAAUGGAUGGUGAAAUUUGAUGCACAAGGUAGCAUGACAGUCUUUCUGUUGCCAUGCAAAAAUGAACCUGAGAAUGAAACAGUUUCUGAAAACAGGCCGCCUGAUUCUGAAGUUGGUAGCACUCAGACUUAAGGACUUCUGGACAAUAUUUUGAUCGACAGCAAACACACCUUCCAUUAAUACAGAAUGUGAUUU